AGUUUCCAGAAGAUGAACAGAGGCUUCACGACCAGCCUUCUCUUGCGGUUAUAAUGUUAACAUCAGGAAGCACUGGGGAACCAAAAGGAGUCCGUCUUGGUUACAGAAACCUUAACAACAGGUUUAAGUGGCAACUUCUAAACUUCCCCAUGGACUGUAACACAACGUGCUCUGCUACAAAAAGCCUUACUUUUGUUGACUCUCUGACUGAAACAUUUCCACCACUGAUGGCUGGUAAACCUCUGGUUAUCCUUCCAAAUAUUAUAACCCAGAAUCCUAAAAGUCUUCUUCAACAUCUUCAGAAACAUCAAGUCACCAGGAUAGUCGUUGUACCAACUUUGUUACAAAUGAUUCUUUGGUAUCUCAAGAUUGAACCAAGUUUCCGAGAAAACUCAACCAUAAAGUUAUGGGUAUGUAGCGGAGAAACUCUCACAAAGAAACUUCUGACAGAAUUCUUUCUAGCUUUCCCUUCUGGCAAAAUUGCUAAUUUCUAUGGAUCUACAGAAACCACCGGUGAUGUAACGUUUGCUUUAUUUGAUGGAGAAGAACAAUGUUAUCAUCAUGUUGAAGAUUUAGUUCCAAUUGGCCAACCUCUAUCUAAUACUGAAAUAUAUGUAACGAACGAUUAUUUGCAGAAUGUGCCAGAAGGAACAGUAGGAGAAAUAUGUGUUAGUGGAUUGAAUGUGGCCGAGGGCUACCACGCAACGAAGAGAAAAGAUUCGGCUAGCUUUCUUCAUAAUCCGUUUUCAGACAAAUAUGACAUUGUUUAUAAGACAGGAGAUCUAGGGUUUGUUCGAAAUAACAUUUUGUAUUACGCUGGUCGGAAAGACAUGCAAGUAAAAAUUCGGGGAAUGAGGGUAAACUUAGAAGAAAUCCGAAGAGCUAUUGAAGUUAUACCAGAGAUAAAACAAGUGGCUGUUUGCUGUGAUAAUCCACAAGAUUUGGACCCAAACAUCUUAGCUUUCUUCACUCCAAAGCAAGGCCAUGAUUUAAAAACCAGGGCUGUCCAAGAAACCCUUGAACACGUUCUUCCGAACUUCAUGAUCCCUAAAAUAUUUAAAGUGGACCAGAUGCCUCUCCUGGCUAGUGGCAAUAUUGAUCAAUAUGCAUUAAAGAAAAUGAUCAACAGAGAAACUAAACAUGACGGAACUGCAUCAUUGGAAGUUGAUAAAUAUGUCAACACAAACAAAGACAUUGUGGAUAUCAUAUCGUCAAUACUUGCAGUAGAUAAGCCAAUGUUGGACAUCAAUAAAUCUUUUUUCCAAAAUGGUGGAACUUCUGUAACAGCAGUUGAAACUGUCAUCAAGCUAAAUGAAUUUGGGUACCUUGUUGAUAUAGAUGAUUUUCUUACAGCACCGUCGUUAAGUUCUCUUAUACAAACUGUUGCUGGCUUCCAAUCAGAUGAGAGUAAGUUAACUCAACUGAAAGUUCAAAAUAUAUCGAAUGUGACAAAUUUUGACGAUGUUGCACAUGUAAUUGCAGAAUCAUUUACCAAGAAAAACCCUUUAGAUUUGUUUUUAAAAACGUCUGUCGAGGACCAUACUGAGUUCCUGAGGCUCCUGUGGAAAGAUUUGGUGCAGCAUGAACUUUCUUUUGUUGCUGUUAACGAAACUUCCCACAUUGUUGGAGUUAUGAUCAACCUUGACUUCUUCGACGAACCUCAA